AAAACAGCACCCACUCCCCACUCUCCUCCCAACUUCCCCUACUCUUUUUUUUUCUUUCUUGCUUUCUUUCUUUUCAUUUUCAUUCUUAUUUUCUUAUUCUUCUCAGCGUAUACCUCUUUAUCUUAUAUUACCAAAACCAAGCAUACUCUUUAGACCUAAAGAGUCGAAUCAGAAGAAACCAAGCCAAACCAAUUUACAAGAAACAAAGAAAAAAAAGAGAGAGAAAGAGAGAAAUGUCGUCACUUUUGCGCAGAAACAUCCCUCGCAAUAUUGCUGCUCUCCGCAACGCCUCACGCCCCUUGAUGGCCACUAUCCCAACCAGCACCACACACCGGCCAUCAACCGUAGCUGGCCGUAUACCAUCAUCGGCUUACUCGUCCCGUAUGUCAUCAAUUGUGCGCUCCAUCUGGAUCCCUGCCGGCCGUGACAGUCUUCCCGAAGACGAUCCACGCCGCGCAGAGCCCUUUGAGGACGAGACCGACGUCGCGAUCGUUGGCGGUGGACCAUCUGGUAUGGCCGCUGCCAUCCGCAUCAAGCAGCUGGCCAACGAGGCCGGAAAGGACGUCAGGGUCAUGUUGUUCGAAAAGGCUGGCGAGGUUGGUGCACACAUCCUCAGUGGUGCGGUUCUUGAGCCAACCGCUCUUAACGAGCUUAUCCCAGACUGGAAGGAAAAGGGCGCGCCUCUCAACACACCUGUCACAAAGGACAGCAUGCGCUUCCUCACCUCGACCCUCUCGAUCCCUCUACCCCACCCUCCCCAGAUGAACAACAAGGGCAAUUACAUCGUCUCGCUAAACAACUUUGUCAAGUGGCUCGGUGAACAGGCUGAAGAGGUUGGCGUUGAAGUCUAUCCUGGAUUUGCUGCCAGUGAGGUUCUGUAUGCGGAGGAUGGAAGUGUUUCUGGUGUAGCCCUCAAUGAUGUUGGUCUGGACAAGAAUUUUGAGCCAAAGGAUACAUACGAACGCGGUAUGUGUGUCAAGGCCAAGGUUACUUUGUUUGCCGAAGGCUGUCACGGUUCUCUUACAAAGACGCUUUUCAAGAAAUUUGAUCUGCGCAAGGACUGUCAGCCCCAAAAGUACGGUAUUGGAAUCAAGGAAGUGUGGGAAGUUGAACCCGAAAAGCAUCGCCCUGGAUCCGUCACCCACACUAUCGGCUGGCCCGUUGAUUACAAGACAUACGGUGGCAGUUUCAUCUACCACCUUGAACCCGAAAAGCAUCUGGUUGCUAUCGGCUUAGUCGUUGGUCUUGAUUACAGCAAUCCAUAUCUCAGUCCUUACAAGGAGUUCCAGCGUUUCAAACAUCAUCCUUCGAUCAAGGGUUUGUUGGAAGGCGGAAAAUGCAUUUCCUAUGGUGCUCGUGCUAUUAACGAGGGAGGCUACCAGUCAAUUCCUAAGCUGGCCUUCCCUGGUGGUGCUCUGAUCGGUUGCACUGCCGGUUUCCUCAAUCUUCCCAAGAUCAAGGGAACUCACACCGCCAUGAAGUCCGGCAUGUUGGCUGCCGAGGCUGCCUACGAAACCCUGUUUGCAUCUGAGGAAGAUGUUCCUGAGGGACCUGUGGUGCUGAGCAACUACGAGGAAAAGAUCAAGAACUCCUGGGUCUAUGAAGAACUCUACGCAGUCAGAAACCUCCAGCCCUCAUUCCACACUCCUCUUGGUCUCUAUGGUGGCGUUGCAUACUCUGGUCUUGACACCAUGUUCCUCAAGGGUCGCGUCCCAUGGACUUUUAAGCACAAGAAGGCCGACUGGGAGUGCAUGAUUCCAGCAGCUAAGGCAGAACCCAUUGAUUAUCCCAAGCCUGAUGGUGUCAUCUCUUUCGAUCUCUUGACCAGUGUCUCUCGCUCUGGUACUAACCACGCUGAGAACCAGCCUGUUCAUUUGCGUCUCAGAAACAAAAACAUUCCUGUAGAGAGAAAUUUGGCUGUAUUUGAUGGCCCUGAGAACAGAUUCUGUCCCGCUGGUGUUUAUGAAUAUGUUGAUGAUGAGACCAAGGCUGGUGAAAAGAGACUCCAGAUUAACUCUCAGAACUGCAUCCACUGCAAGACUUGUGAUAUUAAGGAUCCCUCACAAAACAUUGACUGGACUGUACCAGAAGGUGGAGGAGGACCUCAGUAUGUCUGGACCUAAAUUCUCUAAAUCCUAGAUUUCCUUCUCUCUUUUAUAUAUAUAUAAAAGACAUAGUAAAAGGAAUAUACAAGACAAAUUAAUGCUAAAAAAAAUGAAAGAUAAAAUAAAAAGCAUAGUUUUAAACAUGUAUACAAACACAGUAUACCAACAGUAUAGUAACAAUUAAAAAAAAAUACAAGAUCAAAAAGCUAUACUUCUUUAAUAAAGAAAGAAAUAUAUAAAAUUUU